AUGUUGCGGCGCAUGGAGGAGGAGGGACACUGUAAGGUGGUGCCCGUUGACCAGGUCUUGCUCAAGAAAGUGCCUGAGGCUGUUCAGCAGAUGAUGGUUCUGCCUUCCGACGCAGAAGAGCCUCAGAUCAGACCUGAACGGAAGCGCUUCCGUCUGCGCAGAGCAUCAGAACAAGCGAUUUUUGGCAGCCCCCGGAAGGUGAAGGACAACAGGGAUACCCGGUCUGUGACCUGCAGCCUAGAAACAGGUAGACGCAAACUGAAGGUCAGACACAUUGAAGUGGACGACAGCUCGGACACAUCAUGGGAAGACAACUGGCUCGACGAGACGGAGUCCCUCUUAUAG